AACAACUAUCUCUGGCUCUGAGUUUCUUCUUUAGGGCAUAAUGGUAUUACCAGAGACUCCAAAGAACAAUAAAACCAUGGCAAGAAAAGGAAUUUUUGCUCUCUUCUUCCCAUCCUCCAAAACCCUAAGUUCUUCUCUGUCAUUUCCAAGCUCUCACAUGCCUUCUUUCCCAAGGCACACAUUGUCCAAAUCAACGAUGGAAGAAAACAUUGAGAAUGCAGAAACAAUCAUCGCCAAAUGGAAUCCUGACUCUUCUGCACACACCAAAUUCAGCUCUCUUUUUCAGCAAAGCAGGAGAGAAUCUAAAGAGUUCCUCAAGAGUGUCGAUGAUCUCCGACGAGCCAUGAAUUUUUUAGUCUCGGAGAAUUCUACUUCAGAUAAGCUCAUACUUGCUCAGAAACUCAUGCAAAUUGCCAUGAAGAGGUUGCAAAAGGAGUUUGAUAGGAUACUAUCAGCUAACCGGGAUAAACUUUGUCCGGAAUCAGUUAGUCAAUUAAGCAACUCCUAUGAUGAAGAGGAGGCAGAGUUGGAAAAGGUGGACGAGUCAAUCACCGAAGUGGAGAGAGUCUCAGCACUCGCAAUGGCAGAUUUAAAGGCCAUAGCUGAUUGCAUGAUCAGCUCCGGCUAUGGAAAAGAGUGUGUGGAAAUUUACAAAAUGAUCAGAAAAGGGAUUGUUGAUGAAGGAUUGUACCUCCUCGGAAUCAAACAUUACAAGUCUUCUCAAAUUCACAAGAUGAACUGGGAAGUGCUUGAACAUAUGACCAAGACCUGGCAGAAUGCGGUGAAGAUCGCCGUGAAAACCCUGUUUCCCGGAGAAAAAGUUUUCUGCGAUCGUGUGUUUUCGGCGUCCAAGACAAUCAGGGAGUGCUGUUUCGUAGACCUAACCAGAGAAGGGGCAAUGAAUCUGUUCACGUUCCCUGAACUGGUUUCUAAGUACAAAAAAUCACCGGAGAGAAUUUUCCGGUUAAUGGAACUCCAUGAAACAAUCUCCAAACUCUGGCCAGAGAUAGAAUCAAUUUUCAGUUUUGAAUCAACCUCGGGUAUUAAACUGCAAGCUCUUUCGUCCAUGCACAAACUCGGUCACUCCGUUUUCAUCAUUCUGACCGACUUCAAAUCAUCAAUCCAGAAGGACUCAUCAAAAAUUCUGGUUACCGGAGGUGGGAUUCACCCCCUGACAGAAUCCACCAUGACUUACAUACGUUCCCUGGCAGAGUACAGUAGGGUUCUGUCAGACAUAGUUGCUGAUUACCCAUCACCAAAAAAUUCACCAUUUCUGGAAUCUUCCUCCAUUGAUGGCUCAAAACCAGCAUCCUUUGUUCAUCUUGCUUGGCUCAUACUGGUUCUGUUAUGCAAACUUGACCGGAAAGCACAGCUGUAUAAAGAUGUGGCCCUGUCCUAUCUCUUCCUAGCAAACAAUCUUCAGUUCAUUGUUGAAAAGGUUCGAAAAAGUCCCCUGAAAGAACUCCUGGGUGAGGAAUGGAUAUCCAGGCAUACCAAGAAGGUUAAACUCUAUUCUUUGGGCUAUGAAUUACAGGCCUGGAACAAGGUAUUUAUAUCUUUACCGGAGAAAUGUUCUUCGGCAAUGUCAGCAGAGGAAUUCAGGGACUGUCUUCGGAGAUUUAAUGCUGCUUUUGAAGAAGCAUACGUGAAGCAGACAUCGUGGAUUGUAACAGAUAGGAAGCUGAGAGAUGCGUUGAAGUUGUCAAUAGAAAGGAAACUUGUACCGGCAUAUAGAGAAUUCUAUGAAGCACAUUUGGGGGAUCUGAGUGGGGAGAAGAAUUUGGAGGUGUUGGUGACGAUUGGACCAGAUGACUUGGGGAAUUACUUGUCCCAUUUGUUUCAUGGAGCUCGUGUUUUGGGCUAAAACCAACUUUUAACUUCUCACCUUACAAAAUUGGUAAGUGUAAGUUCUUAACUUUAUAAUAUGACACUUUUAACUCUUUACCUUACAAAAUUGAUAAAUUUUAACCCCUUACCUUAUAAAAUUAAUAGGUUUUA